AUGCUCAAAAAUAAUACCAGCUCAUCCAAUCUUUCCAGAAAAAAAGUAAGAUUUGAAAUUAGUACACAAAUAGAUGAAUUGGAUUUUGAAACAUUAGAAAUGAGGAACGGUCCUUUUGGUAAUCCGAGAAGAUCAAUCAGGAAAGAUUUUGAUACCACUGAUUCAGUCAACCAAACUGAUGAUGAUCAUUAUUCAGUGCCCAGACCAUACGAAUUUGUAAACUCAAUCAACACAUCAACUGUACCAAGAGCAUUAAAACAAUAUAAAACAAAUAAGAAGGAACAAAAAAAGCAAAGAAUGUAUAUUAACAAAAAUAAGUAUGAUAUUACGGAUACUAAAGAAUUAAGAGAAAUGUAUAAAGAAUUGAAGCAACCAGUAGAAGAAGAAAAAUUAGAUACGAUUCCAGAAGUGGCAAAGACUGAAAAAUCAGAAUUUAAAAAUUCUGACAAUGAUUUAAUAGAUGGAGGUAAAAAUACUUGGAAAAGAUUAUCCAUCAGUUAUGGCAACUUGACAGCAAAUGUAGAUGACUUUGAUAGCACAGCAACUGAUAGUAUAAAUUAUUCUGAUAGUGAAUCUGAUUCUGACACAGAAACACAGAUAGUAAACUAUGGGGAAUCUGAGACUGCAAAUGAGGAGGCAAAUAAGGAAUCUAGGAGACCAAGUUCUGGAGAUUUAGAUUACAAACAGCUGGCAGCUGAGUCUCACUCUAUUGACCAACCUAUUGCUGUUCACAAAAAUCUUAAACAAAUAUUUGAUGGAAUAACUGAUAGGGAAGGAGCAUUCAGACAAAAUCACAAUCCAACCCCAAUAAGUUCUAAAACACAAGCUGUUUACUUUCGAUACAACAUACUCUCACAAGUUCCUAUACAAUCCCUCGUGGAAGGAGGAAAUAUUACACUUCUGGAUAUUUCGAAUAACUACAUAUCUUCCAUACCUACCUGGUUUGCAACUACUUUAAAGUCAUUGACUUAUUUAUUUUUACCAUAUAAUUAUCUUUAUGAAUUACCUGAAAACUUUUGUGAAAUGAAAAAGUUAAAAGAAUUAGAUUUAAGUAACAAUAAUUUUGAAUAUGUACCGGGAUGUAUUCUCAAGCUUCCAAAUAUUUUAACAUUGGACCUCAGUGGAAAUUCACUUCUUAUUUUCCCUAAUGAUAUAUCACUACUUAAAAAUACGUUAACGGAUCUGAAUAUUUCAGGAAAUGAACUUAGAGAGGUUCCUGACGAUAUAAGACAACUUAAGAAGUUGAAAUAUUUCAAGUACAAUGAUAAUGAUUUAUUCUACUAUACAACUUCCCUUAUACUUUCCAAAUUGAACACUGAGGAAGAUUUGCGUAUUAAAUCAAAAAAUAGAAGAAAGUCUGUAAAAGCUACCAAUUAUCUAUUUGGAGGAGGUGUUAGUGAGAGUUUAGGCGAAGAAGAUAGCCCAGAAAUUAAGAAAAUCAAUGAACAAUAUCAAAAGAACAUACCUAACCGACAAGUUUUACUAUUGCAAUUAUUAAAUAGUGAAACAGAAUAUAUAAGCCAUAUGAAUGUAUUUAAUGAUAUACUUUUCGAACCUUUACUUGAUAUUUGUAAGAAUAGAAAUGAAUUCAAUAUUUCAAAUUCAGAGAGAGAUUGUGUACUUCCUUCAGUUAUUCUAGACAUAAUAGGAAAUGCUAGAGGAUUAUAUAUUGACCUCAAAUCAAAGCUUUUACCACUGACACAAGCACGAUCUAUGAAAAAUGAGGAUUCCAUAGAAAUUUCAAAAGUUUUCGAAACUCGUUUGGAAGAAUUUAGACAAUUAUAUGUUAAGUAUCCAAGUGUUUACGAAAAUGCAGCAGCAGUAUUAAACAAACUGAGAAAAACAAAUGAAGAAUUUGACAAGUAUAUCAAACUAAGAAAGAGGUUACCAAUUUGUAGUGGACAUAUCUAUGAUGCAUACCUUCUUCUUCCUGUAACUAGAUUAUUCAUUUACCUAAAGUUUUUACAAAAGAUAUUGAGAUAUACACCAGAUUCUCAUCCAGAUUUUAAAAACCUUAGAAUUGUUGUAAGAGAACUUAGACAUAUAGUACAAGAGCAAGAGGAAUACAUUUAUAGAAUUAAUAACAAAUAUAAGGUAUUGGAAAUUGAAAAAAAACUAAAGAUGAACGAAUCCUUACUCAAGCCAGGUAGAUUCUUUUUGAAAGAGGGUAGAUUGAUUCUAGGUCAAAACAAGGGCAUCAACAACUUUAAGAAAGAUGUAAUGAACAAGCUGUAUAAUAAGGGAACUAUAUCUGAAAUAAGAGGACAAGUUACACCUUAUUGGGAUGCUGUAAAAAACAAAACAAUUGAAGACCUUUUAGAACUUAGAUUUACAGAACUUUAUGUCCAAGUUUAUUUAAUGAGUGACGUUGUUAUAAUUAAGGAAACAAACUUUGUACAGAAACUAGUCUCCAGAUUCAACCUCUAUCCUUUGAAGGGUGCCUCUGUUGUAAUGGGUACUGAUGAAGCUGCGUUCGAAAUGGACCAAUUAUCUCCUGGAAGAGAUUUUCCUCCAAUUGAAAUAGACCAAAGUAUAGCAGAUAAGGAAGAAAAAGAAAAAUGGAGUAUUAAUGAUAAGUAUAAAGGAGAACGCCAGUUUACACUCAUCAUUAAUACCCCAUCUAAACGAAUUCCGCUUGGCUUUAUUUGUGAGACCAAAGAAGAAUGCUUGGACUGGUUUAAGGAAAUCGAAAAGGCUCUUACUAUUAUCAAUAAUGACUCGGCCACACAACCAACAGAAGAAAAGACCUUUGAAGAGGAAUAUGAGAUUGUAGAGCCAUUUACAAAUUAUUCUAGCAAAUAUUGAUGGAUCCUUUACCCACUACAAACUAUCCCGCCAUUUUCAAGUACAAACCAACACCAAAAAAAUAAAU